GUUAAGGAUUAUGUCGGAUUAUUCUCCUGAGCAGUUGGCUGAGGCCCUCCAAAGUAUGGACCAAAAUAUCAUGGAAAUGCAUUCUCAAGCUAUUGUUACGACCAUUCGAGAUAAAUGCUUUGACCUUUGCCUUUCCUCUGCGGGCAGCUCUCUGUCUACGAAGGAUAAGACUUGCAUCAAGAACUGCUCUGAGCGUUACAUUGAUACCAUGAAGCUGGUUGUCCAGAGCUUGACUAGUCAGAGCCAUUAAAUGGGGAUAUAUUAUACAUUGUU